AUGCCUGGUCGUCUUCUAAACAAAGUAGCAGUCAUUACCGGAUCCUCUUCCGGUCUUGGUCGAGCUAUAUCGCUGCACUAUGCUCGAGAGGGUGCCAAAGUUGUCUGUUCUGAUCUAAAACCGACCGCUCGCCUCGAUCUAGGGAAUGAACAAGAGAUAGAAACGCACGCGCUAAUUAAGAAGGAAGGAGGGGAAGCAAUAUUCGUCAAGGCCGAUGUUGGUAUCGCUGGUGAGAUGGAGGCCCUUGUUAAAGCCGCAGUGAACGAGUAUGGGAGGCUUGAUAUACUAGUGAAUAAUGCCGGAGUCGGCUUGGAGGCUCUUCGCCCUCUGGCGAUGUGCCACCAGACCGAUGAAGAUUUGUGGGAUACGACCAUGAGAAUCAAUUCGAAAUCGGUCUUUUUGGGUUGCAAAUAUGCAAUCGCACAGAUGCUUACACAAGAUGCUCACCCGACCGGAGAUAGAGGUUGGAUAAUCAAUAUUUCAUCCAUCAUGGCAAUGAUUGGAGGCUCUCAUAAUCCGUCUUACUGUGCUUCUAAAGGGGCUGUUAGCAGUCUGACAAGACAGGUUGCGCUUGAUUAUGCCCCUCACAAAAUCCAUGUGAAUGCCAUCUGCCCCGGAUAUACACAAACAGCCAUUUUUAAAGACACAACGGAGGCUGGAAUGUCCGUGGAAGACCUGGAGCGGAAGCAUCCUCUAAAUGGUCCCGGAAAACCAGAAGACAUCGCAAAGAUGGCUGUUGUUCUUGCUAGUGAUGAUGCAUCAUGGGUUACCGGAGUUUCCUGGCCUGUUGACGGAGGAUAUACUGCACGAUGA